UCGAUAUUUUCUCCAAUUCUCUUCUGUUGUGUCUUGAAACUUUUCGGAAGGGAAAGACUGAAACUGUUGAAAAAAAAGAAUUUGGAUUAUUACUUGAAAUAGCAACCACUCAAAAAACGGAUACAAUAAAAAAUUAAUUGUCGUAUAUCUCUUUUUUCAAUUUUUUUACGGCCCAUUAUGGGUGCGUUCAGGGAGCUCGUUACCAUGCUAUCAACGCUAACUCCGCAACUCCGUUCAUGGAGCCAAAAUAGGGCUAGCAAAUACAAAAUGUUCCAUAAGAAGUGGUAUCAACGCAGAGUAAAUCGAAAACGCGAGAAGUUGCUACCUUUCUAUCUGAAUAAACUUUACUCGAGAGACUAUUCAGUUUCUUUUGUUUUAAUGAAGAAAACGUAUACUAUGUCUAAUGUGAAAUAUUUGAUUUUGUUGUUUCAUUCAGCUGUUGUUAUUAGCGAUGUAGUAACACGGAGUUUGCAUUCUUCGAAUAUAUCGCAUCAGAAAACAGACGUUCCAAACCUAUAUGAAAACGAAAUGGCACUUAAUGUCGAUUAUGAACAGCUUCUAGAGGCGCAGAAGGACGAGAAUGUUUUGAUUGUUGACGUUAGAGAGCAUGAUGAGAUAAAUGAGACUGGUAAAUUACCAGGAAGCAUUCAUAUACCAAAGGAUGAUGUCAGUAACGUAUUCUUGAAUCUUUCUGAGGAAGAAUUUGAAAACCGGUACGGCAAACGUAAGCCCACUAAAGAUACAAAAAUCAUAUUCAGUUGCCGAUCUGGCAGGAGAAGUGCUUGGGUGCAGGAAACAAUGCAGAAACUAGGAUAUACUAAGGUUUAUAAUUACACUGGAGGCUGGCAAGACUGGGAAAGCAAGCAAAAGAAAAAUUAACUGAAUAUUAAAGUGAAAUAUUAUAACAAUGGAACUAUUAUUAUAAUGUUGAUAUUUGGAUAUUUUCACUAUUGCAUUAACUUUAAUAUAUGUUUUAACAAUUUUGACACGUUCUAUUAUACAAAAUUAUAAAAGAUACAAUUUUAUUUUGAUGAAAUAAAUGUUGUCGUUUGAUUGUCAAAAUAAUUGCAUGAAAAUUUAAAAAAAA